AUGCACUUCCAUCUCUGGGCCAGUGUCGUGACAUGGGCAGCACUUGUCAGGUCAGUGCAGUGCACCCCGCUGGAUGGUGUCGGGGUCGAGGAUACGCGUCGAUGGACUGGCCAGCCGACGGCGACGAUGACGAUGACGAUGACGAUGACGAUGACGAGCUGCGAGUGCCGAGUCUUUGCAGUCCAUCGCGGCCAUGAAAAGACACGCUCGGCAAGUACGGCUGACAUGCGCGACUCUGUUGCCAUCCCUAUUCUUUCAGCUCGACCUUGGCCGCUUCGGUGUGUAACGGCCACUCCGAGUUCUGCUCGAGGUCCUACUCCAACGUCUCCAUCAUCGGCACCCACAACUCGUAUGGUGUUUCGGCUGGAAAUGGUACGUGACGGCCUGGGUGGUGUGAUCGCAAAGGAGAGCACCGUACCGACUACGUACCUUGAUCAACCCAGUCGCCGCCAACCAAAACUACUCCGUCACGACCCAGCUCAACAAUGGCAUCCGCUUACUCCAGGUCAGUUCGGUUCGCUCAACCUGCAUAGACCCGUACUCCCGUACUCGGAGCUCAACCAUCGACCACGCCCACAGGUCCAAGGUCACAUGAACAACGGAUCCCUGCACCUCUGCCACACCUCGUGCUUCCUCCUCGACGCCGGCACGCUCACCUCCUACCUCACCCUCGUCAAGACCUGGCUCGACGCGAACCCCAACGAAGUGCUCACGCUCGUGCUCGUCAACUCGGACGCGAUCGCCCCUUCGACCUGGGCCGCGUCCUACGCCGCUUCGGGCAUGGACCACUACUCGUACACGCCUAGCUCGGUCCCCAUCGCGUACGACGGUUGGCCGACGUACAACUCGUUGAUCGCUUCGGGUAAACGCGCGAUCAGCUUCUUGGCUCAGAACGCAGAUUUCGAGGCCGUGCCGUAUUUGAUUGACGAAUUCACCCACGUGUGGGAGACGCCGUACGAUGUGAGCAGACGGACAACGACACGAUCUGACUUUUAUGUGUGUCAUGCUUUGGCUGACGAUCGCGAGCUUUUGUCUCAAAAGGAAACGAGCACGUCGUUCCCCUGCACCGUCGACCGCGUCACCGGAUCGUACUCGAACAAGAUGUACAUGAUGAACCACUUCCUCGGACGCAACGUCAGCCUCCUCGGUGAAACGUUCACCGUACCCGCUACUUCAUCCCUGAACCAAACCAACGCCGCAACGGGCACCGGUUCGCUCGGCGCCCAAGCGUCGUCCUGCUUCAGCCAGUACAAGUAUUACCCUACUUUCACGCUCGUCGAUUAUUAUGACGUAGGCAACGGCUCCGUAUUCCAAUACGCGGCCAAGUUGAAUGGGGUAUCGUAUACGGCGACCCAGAUUGGCAACUCGAGUAGCACGGCGGCGAAUGGUGGUCAGACUUCGGCGCCGUCGAACCCGAAUACGGAUGGCACGGUCGUUUCGACACCGCUCAGUGGCGCUCGGAAGGUCGCCGUAGGGGGUGCGAUGGCGAUCGCUUGCGUCGUGGUCGGGAUGACGGUCCUGUUGGGGCUGGUGUAG